AUGAGUGUAGAAGAAUUGAAGAACCAGGGGAAUGAGGCAUUCAAGGCUGGAAAUUACCAAGAGUCCGUCAGGAUAUAUAACAAUGCCAUCCUGCUGGACCCAGAAAACGCCGUGCUCUACUCUAACAAGGCAAUGGCUUAUAUCAAAUUAAAAGACUGGCACGGCACUUUGGCUACUUGUAAUCAGGCACUCUCUUCCACCAAACCCGACGACAAGACCAAGAUCAAGCUUUUGUGGAGAAGGUCAAUAGCACUGCAAGAACUAGACAUGCUCUCAGAAGCCAAAGACUCUUUACAAAAAGCUCUUCAGCUUGAUCCAAGUAAUCAAACACUGAAGCAGGAUUUUGAAAGCCUGGAAAUUAAAAUCAAGGAGCUAGAUGCAGAAUUAAUAGAGAUUCCAAUACAAAUCGCAGACACGCUUCCCCCAAAGUACCUACCAAAAAAGAAAGCAUUCAAAUUGGAAGACUCUGAUAUCCCGCCAGUGCCGAAACCGGAACGGUUUCCUCGCUCUCCUACUGCAUUAUUCCUUUCUGAGCUUUCAAAAAAACCGUCCAGCGAGAAGGAACAAUAUUAUGCAUACGUGCUUCAGAUGGACAGCUCGGUCUAUGCGGGCUUGUUUGAGACAUCAGGACUGGACUCAAGUUUCCUGGAGUUUUACGUGGAAGCUGCAACGAAUUACCUCGCAUCACCAGACACUCGAUUCCUAGACAAUAUCAUUACACAUCUAAAGGCCUUUGUAAAAACGCCCAGGUUCUCAAUUGCGUCAAUGUUCAUUUCUACACCACAGGUCGACAAGCUGUUUGACAUGCUCAAGGCAAAAACGUCUCAAGAUUUAAGAUCAAUUUGGACCUAG